CAAAGACCCUACUCAUGAACUUGCCUAUUCUGGAUUUUUUUGUUUUUGUUUUUUUCUUUGCAUGCGUUGAAUUUUGUCUGCUUAAUGAUUUGUGAUUCUUGGUAAUGAAAAAGGUUGCAGUUUAAUGGCUUUUUUCGGUGCUGUAAUUGCUGAUUGUUCGUAGAGAUUAUGUUUUUCUGCUGGAGCAUUGUUAGUGUUUUUCAUUGGUUAUGCAUGCAAUGUGUUUGCUUUUUUUCUUCACAAUAGAGGUUUUUGAAUGUAAGAUUCUAAAUUGUGUUUGUUGUUACUGUUAUGCUGUGAUCAUUUGUGUUGCAUGACCUCAAUUGUAAGUUGCUAUGCCAUUGCAGAGAUUUUCUAAACCUAGAAAUUGAAAUAUGGAGUUACUCGAGUGAUGUGGAUCGGUUUCUAUUUUGAGUGUUUUAUGCUUUAAUUAUGUGAUGUGAUAUGAUUUUGACGUGACAUCACAUUUUAUUGAUGGAGUGACCUCGAGGGAAAGUAUUGUAGACUAAUAAUCUUUGUGAUUUCACCUUUUUUUUUCCAAAUUGAUUGACCAAUAUGGCAUCAAGAAUUUCAGUUUAAGUGCACACUGUUGAUUUGUUUGAGCAAUAUAGCACCUCUAUAAUGAGGCAUAAGUAAAUGCGAAUUCUUCAAGAAAGAUUGUCAGCUAAAAUCUUGAUUUGAUACGUGAUAGGUUUGUUUUUGUUUCCAUCUAAAGGGCGUUGAUGGAUACUGCCGUUGAAGAAGAUGUUGGAUUCACCAAAGCCCUUGGAAGAGGGCCUAUAUUUUACUAUGGUAUGGGACACAUGCUCAAUGACAUAACUUCCGCAUGUUGGUUCACCUAUCUGUUAUUGUUCUUGACAGAUAUUGGAUUUUCACCGAGGAAUGCAGCUAUUGUGAUGCUUUCAGGUCAAGUGGCGGAUGCAUUUGCCACAAUAUUUGUUGGUGAACUGAUAGACAGAUACGGACGUUUCAAGAUAUGGCAUGGUGCCGGAUCUUUAUUGGUGGCUAUUUCAUUUUCUUCUGUUUUUGGUCGUUGUCUACCAUGCACAAUUCUUACUUCUGAUUCAACUACUUUUGAAACCGUGAGUUACAGCAUGUUUGCUGCAAUUUUCAACUUGGGGUGGGCUGCUACUCAGGUCUCGCACAUGUCCAUGGUGAGUUGCAUAACGCUGAACUCAACAAGCAGAGUUGCAUUGGCUAGCUGUCGCAAUGCUUUUACCAUGGUUGCCAACCUGAGUUUAUAUGCAAUUGCUCUGAUAGUAUUCACUGUUGUCAAUGGAAAAACGUAUGCUAAUGUUGAGAAUCAGUACCGUUGGAUUGCAUAUGUCUCGAUUUUUAUAGGAUGUUGCUUUGUGGGCAUAUUUCAUCUUGCGACAAAAGAACCCAGUUUGCAAAUGGACAUAUACGGAAAGACUCGUGGGAGGAUUUCAUGGGCUUACUGGUUCAAGAGAGUUUUAUAUUACCAAGUUGCUAUUAUUUAUGUCCUCACAAGAUUAGUUCUCAAUGUUUCUCAGGCCUACCUUGCUUUCUAUGUGAUCAAUGACCUACAAAUGGCUCAAUCAGCCAAAGCUUUGGUUCCUGCUAUCAUAUACAUCAGCUGUUUCAUCGUAUCUAUCGCAUUACAGGAGAUUGCUUGGACUGGCAAACUUCUCAAGGCUUACUUCUCUGCUGGAUGCAUUCUUUGGAUUUUGUGUGGUGCAGUGAUCAUGCUUUUAACUAAGCAUAUGAGUUAUGCCAUGUACAUAAUUUCAGUAUUUAUUGGCAUAGCAAAUGCCCUCAUGAUGGUAACUGGUGUAAGCAUGCAAAAUUUUCUAAUUGGAGAGAAUCUUAAUGGCUGUGCUUUUGUUAUUGGAUCAUUGAGCUUUCUGGACAAAAUGUCUUGCGGGAUUGCUUUAUAUAUUCUUCAGUCUUAUCAAAAUGUCUCUCCACAGCUCUUUGUAAUUCAUCAGUUCCCACCUUCAAUCACAAGGCUGGGGUUGGGUCUUGUUCCUGCAGUUUGUGCAUUACUUGGUGUGAUAGUAACUUGCACAAUGGAUUUCCACCAUCCUUCCAACUCUUUGACAGCACCAUUAUUGACAUAGUUGUGUAGAUGAUGAAGAUAAUUACUAUCUCUUCUACAAUGUAAAUGGUGUGGGUCACACUUGAAAAUUUUCAUCUGUUUUGACUCAUCCAAAGUUUAACCUUUCUAGCAAAGUUAUGUAUAUUUAUUGAAUUGUCGUUGAUUAUUUUGCUAACAUGUAGUAAAAUGUAUAUCAUGUAACAGUAUAUUUGAUUGAAAUGAAAGAUACACCAAAAAUUACCAUCA